CAUAUAAAUUUUGUAAAGUAAGAAGAGAAAUGGAGAAAAAAUGGAGUGUGGUGAUGAUGAUGUUGGUUUUGGUGGUGAUGGCUGCCAUUGGAGGAGAAGCAGUAGAUCAUUUAUGUACAUUCAAAUGUGAAAUCACUUGCCGCGAUCCGGAGUUCAUUACACCUUGCUUCAAAAAGUGUAUGGCUGAAUGCCAGCAUCGUCCUCCAUCUACAAGUACCCUUCACUCAAUUUCACAGUCGCAGAUGAAGACUAAAGCGAUGGAAGAAACGAGAGGGUAGAGAUAUUUUAAGAAUUUGUCGUGAUGGAUACUUUCUUUUCUUUUUUUCUUUUACAUGUAAAAGAUAAUCUAUAAUAAGAUGAAUAUUUGACGAAAAAAAAAAUAAGAUGAAUAUUAAUAAUAAUAUUAAGUUGCUUAUAAUUAA